UAUUAUUUGAACGUCAAUAAACAAAAACCAAAAGGGGUAUUGUAUCAGAAGUACCACAAUACAAUAGGAAAAUUACGAAAGCACGACCUUUGGCCCAAGAAAAAUUUGAAUUCAAAAGUUGUGUCCACUAACACUUCUAAUAAUUUACAACAUAUGUCAUUGCCUUUUGAAGUUGAAGACCAGAAUUUAGUACAUAUUAAAAGAUGGCUCCAGUACAAUGUUGAACCUUUGGAAGAAGUUUUGAUGAAAUGGCAAGAAACAGCCCUUAUCCGUAGACAAUUCCUCAUACAUCCUGAUACACAAAUAAACAAUAUACUAGAAGACUGGCCUCUGUAUAAACAGUCAUUUGGACAUACCUUGAUAAAUAUUGAUUUUGAGUCUAUAUAUCCUGGAGCUGGUGAUUUAUUUUACAAAAAAUGGUCACAGUUGGCUCCAAAAAUCAUAACCUUAAUGACAACUAAGGUUAAGGAUGGAAAUAGUAAGGAGUUGUUAAAGCAGAUAACUGAAAACCCUGAUACAGAAUUAGAUUCUAGAAAUGUUGUAAUAUUUGCACUUUUGAGUUCUAUGAUAAUUCCAACAUCUAAGUCCGUUGAAAUCGAUAAAGUGACCAAAAUUAAACGCAUCACUAAGACAUCUAUAGCGGAUGCAAGGAAAUCAUUUAUGCGCCUUGUUUCUACAACUAAUGACCUGUAUGUACAAAUUCAAAGUGAAAUUGAAAAUUGCUAUUCUAUGAAAACAACUUUACAACCAUUGAUAUGUAUAAUUGGAGAUGAUUAUCUAACUGCAAAACAAUUCUUUGUUUACUAUUUUAAUACUUACUAUAAAUUGCCCAAUAUUGUAAAAGCGGUAGAUGUUUGUUUAAAAAUAUUUCAUGUCUUUAACUUAAAAUAUCCUAUGGAAUCUGAGCUUGUUUGGACAUUUAUCCAAAAAUGUUUAUAUGGUAUUGACACUGAAAAUGAUGUAAAAAGUUCCUCAGUACUAUCUGCUAUAUCUGACUUGAAAGAUUAGUUUCAAUAUUAUAUUUUUUACUAUCAAUUUUAUUUAUAAUAAUUAAGUUUUAAGCAUGGAAUUUAAUUGUUUUAUUUGUAACUUAAA